AUGGUCCUCAGGUGUACCGUGGAUGACAGGGUCACGCGGGUAGCAUGGUUGAACCGCAGCACCAUCCUGUACGCCGGCAAUGACAAGUGGUCUAUAGACAACCGCGUGGUCAUCCUCUCCAACACCAAGACCCAGUACAGCAUCAAGAUACACAAUGUGGAUAUCUACGAUGAGGGCCCCUACACCUGCUCCGUGCAGACAGACAAUCACCCGAAGACUUCUCGCGUCCAUCUCAUCGUGCAAGUUCCCCCCCAGAUUGUCAACAUCUCUUCAGACAUCACCGUGAACGAAGGCAGCAGCGUGACGCUCAUGUGCCUGGCCUUCGGGAGACCGGAGCCCACCGUCACGUGGCGGCACCUCUCCGGGAAAGGGCAGGGCUUUGUGAGCGAGGACGAGUACCUGGAGAUCACGGGCAUCACACGGGAGCAGUCCGGGGAGUAUGAGUGCAGCGCCGUCAACGACGUGGCCGUCCCGGACGUGCGGAAAGUCAAAGUCACUGUCAACUACCCUCCAUACAUCUCGAACGCCAAGAACACAGGUGCCUCGCUGGGCCAGAAGGGCAUCCUGCAGUGCGAGGCCUCAGCCGUCCCUGUGGCAGAGUUUCAGUGGUUCAAGGAGGACACCAGGUUAGCGAACGGGCUGGAGGGUGUGCGGAUCGAGAGCAAGGGCCGCCUGUCCACGCUGACCUUCUUCAACGUCUCGGAGAAGGACUACGGCAACUACACGUGCGUGGCCACGAACAAGCUGGGCAACACCAACGCCAGCAUCAUCCUGUACG